AUGAACAAUUCUAAAUUGGAUAGAUUUGAUCCUUUAAAGGCUUACAACGCAACUACAAUUGUUAAAGAUCCUUUAACCAGACAUGAAAGGUUUCAGGCUUGGAUGAUAAAUGAAGGUGCACGUAAAAUGUUUGGCAUAACUUAUGCUAUUGCUCGUUCAUCUGCAAUGGUUUUACAUGUGGAUGCCGCAAUUAUUUUAAUUCCUGUUUGCAGAAAUUUAGUAUCAUUAUUUAGAGCAACUCCUCUUAACAACGUCAUACCAUUCGACAAGAAUAUUGUGUUUCAUAAAGCAAUUGGUUGGUCAAUAACGUUUUUCACAUUGAUUCAUACCGUUGCCCAUUGGGUAAAUUUUGCUGAAUUAGCUGCUUCUAUGGAUGAUGAUCAAAACAAAGUUAUAUUAUGGUUAAAAAUUAAUUUUAUGUCUGGUCCUGGUGCGACUGGUUAUGUUAUGUUAGUUUGUUUGAUAAUAAUGGUUAUAACUGCUAGAGAGUCUUCAAGGCAACGUCAUUACAAUAUGUUUUGGUAUUUGCACCACUUAUGCAUCCCUUUCUUUGGUGUGUGGGCAUUUCAUGGAAUCUUUUGUAUGAUAAAACCUGAUCGUCCACCUUAUUGCCACGAUAUAGCUUCAUUCUGGAAAUAUUGGAUAGCUUCGGGUGUGAUUUAUAUUGGUGAACGAGUUUUACGUGAAAUUCGUGGUAGACAUAAAACUUUUAUUUCGAAGGUUGUUAUGCAUCCAUCAAAAGUUGUUGAAAUACAAAUAAAAAAAGAAUCAAUCAAGGCAAAAGCUGGUCAAUAUAUUUUUCUAUGUUGUCCUCAAGUAUCACUAUUUGAAUGGCAUCCGUUCACUUUAACCUCUGCACCUGAGGAAGAUUUCAUUUCUGUGCAUAUAAGAAUUGUAGGAGAUUUCACUGAAGCGUUUGCUAAAAAAUUAGGUUGUGAUUUUAAUGAAGAAGUAAAAAUACGUGAAGAAAAUAAACAUCGUAUAAAAAGUUGUUAUGAUGGUGUAGAUAUAUCCUCAAACAAUCCUAAACUAUUAAAAAUUUUACCUAAAGUAAUGAUCGAUGGACCAUUUGGUAGUGCUUCUGAAGAUGUUUUUAAAUUUGAAGUUUCUAUGUUAAUUGGAGCUGGCAUUGGUGUCACUCCUUUUGCUAGCAUUCUAAAAAGCAUUUGGUAUCGUGUAAAUUAUCCAAAGGAAUCAACAAAACUUCGUAAAGUUUAUUUUUUCUGGAUUUGUCGUGAUCAUCAUUCGUUUGAAUGGUUUCAAUCUUUGUUAUUGGCAAUUGAGGAACAAGACAUUGAACAAUUCAUUGAAAUUCAUACAUACCUUACAGGCAAGUUAAGAAACUCAGAAGUUGGUAAUAUUUUGGUAAACAAUGACUUUACCACAAAAGAUACAAUAACGGGUCUUAGAGCUUUGACUCAUUAUGGUAGACCGAAUUGGGAUAAAGUUUUCUCAAAUAUGAGAGAUAAAUAUCCUGCAACCGACAUAGGAGUUUUCUUUUGUGGCCCUAAACCACUUGGAAAACAAUUACAUACCAAAUCCAAUUUAUGGAGUCAGGGUUUUGAUGAUGGCACAAGAUUCUUUUACGGAAAAGUAAUUUUAGCCACCUCUCCAACCUCAAAACUUGAAAAUGAAAUAAAAUAUCAAAAGAUAUUUGAUAAUGAAUUGUUUUCAAUAUAUGGUUUACCCAAACCUUUAUUACCAAUUUCAAAUAAGCCAGCAAUAAAUUGGUGGUUUGAUGCAUCGAGAAAAUACAUUAAAGGCGAUAUCUUUAUUGUAACUAAUGCUUUAAAUUAUCCUAAAUAUUUGAGAUGGGCUGUUUCUAAUUCAAUUCCGAGAAAUAAUCUUAUCAAUAAUGGAAAUUCUUUUCCUAAUGAAAGCGAUGAUAUUGUUAAUGAUCUUCUUUUAGUAAACAAUGUUAAAAGGUUUCAAAAUUCUACAAUUAUACUUUAUGCAGAUUUAUUAUUUAAUCCUAAUAAUGAAGAAGACAAAAUUAUUAUUAAGCAAUUAUUUUAUAAUGAAAAUGAAGGUGAACAUGAAAUCAUUAAUAAAAUUAUCUAUCAUAAUGGAGAUGGUGAUAAAGUAAUUGAUAUUGAAUUAACGGGAGAUCAAUUAAAUAUUCCCAAAAAAUCAAAUCAAAUUGGGAUAGGAUUAAUUGGUAAUCCAUCAGAUGGAUUCUUUGGUAAAACCAUUUCGUUGCUGAUUUCAAAUUUUUGUGCAGAAAUUACUUUAAUUCCAAAUAAAUUUGUAGAUGAUGAUGAUAAUUAUUCAAAAAUUAAUUUGCAUACAUCAGCAAAUUUAAAUUUACAAUCAUUUAAGAAUUUAGAAUCUUUAGUAAAUAUAUCAACCAUAGAAGGUUAUGAUAAUCCGACAAAUUUAAUUCAAGCAACUUUAAAAGUUUUUUAUGAUUAUUGCCAAAUAAGGAAAAUCUUUCUUCAUAAUCAAGGGUUUUCAAUAAUAUUUGAUACAAAUAUACCAAGACAAGUUGGUUUAUCAGGUUCAUCAGCAAUAAUAACAGCGUUUUUUAAAUCAUUAAUGAAAUUUUAUGAUUUAACUAAUAGGGAUAUACCUUUAGACAUACAACCAAGUUUAAUAUUAUCAGUUGAAAAAAUAGAAUUGAGUAUACAAGCAGGAUUACAGGAUAGAGUUAUACAAGUAUAUCAAGGUUUAAUGUAUAUGAAUUUCGAUGAAAAUCAUAUGAAGACAAAAGGAUACGGUAUUUAUAAAAGAAUUGAUAUAAAUUUAUUACCUAAAUAUUUAUGGAUAGCAUAUGAAUGUAAUCCGAGUAGUUCUGGCAGAAUUCAUAGUAAUAUAAGAAAAAGAUAUGAUUCUGGCGAUCAAGAGGUUAUAACGACAAUGAAAGAAUUAUCUAAUAUUACGGAAGAAGCUUACGAAUUACUAAAUGAUAAAACAAUUUCCUCAUCUAAAAAAUCUUUAGAAUUUUCUAUAUUAAUGACAAAAAAUUUUAAUUAUAGACUAAAAAUAUUCGGAGAAAAUUCAUUAGGUAAAAAUACUUUAAGAAUGAUUGAAAUAGCCAAUAAAUAUGGAUUUGCGGCCAAGUUUACAGGUUCUGGUGGUUGUAUUGUUGGAAUUUGGAAAGGUUUUAAAGAAACCGAAGAUGAUGAAAAGAAUAUGUUAAAAAAUAUUGAAAUUUUGAAAAAUCAUUUGCAAUUGGAAGGGUUUAUAUUUUGUUGGGUAACGCCUGAAAAUCAUAGUAAAGAUUAUUAA